UCCGGCUCUCCUCCCUCCCUCCUCCCCCCUCCACCCUCUGGGCCGGAUCUCGUCUCGCUGAGGCGGAGGAGGAGAAGGAGGAGGACGUUCGGCUUGCGCAGUGAGAUGUUUGUCCGUCGCCGCCGCCGCCGCCAUCGCGGAGGAGCGCGAUAAAGGGAGCUGAGCCGGGCGUGAGGGGGACCCCGCGGAGCAGCCGCGUCAGCGCAGCCCCCCAGCUGAGCCCCGGCCGCCGGAGCCCGAGUCGCUGCCGCCCCCGCCGCGGCCGCCCAGGGGCCGGCCAGCUCCCCAGCCCAGCCCGGGGGCCGCGCCGCCGCCCCCAGCGUCGCCCCUCGCCUGCCCGCCCGCCUUAAAUGUGACACCGGCGCCUCGGAGUGCGACCCACAGCCGCCGCCGGGGAGGGGACGAGCACCAUGUCGAAUCUGAGCAAAGGCACGGGCAGCCGGAAGGACACCAAGAUGCGGAUCCGGGCCUUUCCGAUGACCAUGGAUGAAAAAUAUGUAAACAGCAUUUGGGACCUUCUGAAAAAUGCAAUUCAAGAAAUCCAGCGUAAGAAUAACAGUGGUCUUAGUUUUGAGGAGCUCUAUAGAAAUGCAUAUACAAUGGUUUUGCAUAAACAUGGAGAAAAGCUCUACACUGGACUAAGAGAAGUUGUUACCGAACAUCUCAUAAAUAAGGUGCGAGAGGAUGUACUUAAUUCAUUGAAUAACAACUUUCUUCAAACGCUAAAUCAAGCUUGGAAUGAUCAUCAAACAGCUAUGGUGAUGAUUAGAGACAUACUAAUGUAUAUGGACCGUGUAUAUGUACAACAAAAUAAUGUGGAGAAUGUCUACAAUUUGGGAUUAAUUAUUUUUCGAGAUCAAGUUGUACGAUACGGCUGUAUUAGGGAUCAUCUACGACAAACAUUAUUGGAUAUGAUUGCAAGAGAGCGGAAAGGAGAAGUUGUAGACCGAGGCGCAAUAAGAAAUGCGUGCCAGAUGUUAAUGAUUUUAGGUCUUGAAGGACGAUCAGUCUAUGAAGAAGAUUUUGAGGCUCCUUUUUUGGAAAUGUCUGCAGAAUUUUUUCAGAAUCAUGCUUCCUAUUUGCAGAUGGAAAGCCAGAAAUUUUUAGCAGAAAACAGUGCUUCAGUAUACAUAAAGAAAGUAGAAGCUAGAAUUAAUGAAGAAAUAGAACGGGUGAUGCACUGCCUUGAUAAAUCAACUGAAGAGCCUAUUGUAAAGGUGGUGGAGAGGGAACUUAUUUCCAAGCACAUGAAAACUAUAGUAGAAAUGGAGAAUUCUGGGCUAGUACACAUGUUGAAAAAUGGAAAGACAGAAGACCUUGCUUGCAUGUACAAGUUAUUUAGUCGUGUGCCAAAUGGUUUGAAAACAAUGUGUGAGUGUAUGAGUUCCUAUUUGAGAGAGCAGGGUAAAGCCCUUGUUUCUGAGGAAGGCGAAGGAAAGAAUCCCGUUGACUAUAUCCAGGGCUUAUUGGAUCUGAAGAGUAGGUUUGAUCGCUUCCUGCAGGAAUCAUUUAAUAAUGACCGACUCUUUAAACAAACUAUUGCGGGUGACUUUGAGUAUUUUCUCAACCUCAACUCCAGGUCCCCUGAAUACCUCUCAUUAUUUAUUGAUGAUAAGUUGAAAAAGGGAGUUAAAGGGCUAACAGAACAAGAAGUAGAAACAAUAUUGGAUAAGGCAAUGGUCCUAUUUAGGUUUAUGCAAGAAAAAGAUGUAUUUGAACGUUAUUAUAAACAACACUUGGCAAGGAGACUUCUCACAAAUAAAAGUGUUUCUGAUGACUCUGAAAAAAAUAUGAUAUCUAAGUUAAAGACUGAAUGUGGAUGUCAAUUCACAUCAAAACUGGAAGGAAUGUUUAGGGAUAUGAGCAUCUCAAAUACAACUAUGGAUGAAUUCAGGCAACAUCUACAGGCAACUGGGGUAUCAUUAGGUGGUGUUGAUCUCACAGUCCGGGUGCUCACAACAGGAUAUUGGCCCACUCAGUCAGCCACACCAAAGUGCAACAUCCCACCAGCACCAAGACAUGCUUUUGAGAUAUUCAGGAGGUUUUACUUAGCGAAACACAGUGGUCGGCAGCUCACACUCCAGCAUCACAUGGGUUCUGCAGAUCUCAAUGCCACCUUUUAUGGACCAGUCAAAAAGAAACAGGAAGAUGGAUCUGAAGUUGGUGUUGGAGGGGCACAAGUCACUGGCUCGAAUACACGGAAGCACAUACUGCAAGUCUCCACUUUCCAGAUGACCAUAUUAAUGCUCUUUAAUAAUAGAGAAAAAUAUACGUUUGAGGAAAUUCAACAAGAAACGGAUAUCCCUGAAAGGGAACUUGUUAGAGCCCUGCAGUCCCUCGCCUGUGGUAAACCAACACAACGAGUUCUCACAAAAGAACCCAAGUCAAAGGAAAUAGAAAAUGGUCACAUAUUCACAGUUAAUGAUCAGUUCACAUCCAAACUACACAGAGUCAAGAUUCAAACAGUUGCUGCCAAACAAGGUGAAUCUGACCCAGAAAGGAAAGAAACACGGCAGAAAGUAGAUGACGACAGGAAACAUGAGAUAGAAGCUGCUAUAGUGCGGAUAAUGAAGUCUAGAAAGAAGAUGCAGCACAAUGUGUUAGUAGCAGAGGUAACUCAGCAGUUGAAGGCUCGAUUCUUACCAAGUCCAGUUGUUAUUAAGAAGCGUAUUGAAGGACUUAUUGAGAGAGAAUACUUGGCACGAACACCUGAGGAUCGCAAAGUAUACACAUAUGUAGCAUAAAAUGCGUUCAAAAAUUUGAUUUAUUCUUGGACUGUACUCUUCGCAUGGACUGGGAAGUUCUUUUAAAUCAUUAAAUAUUAAGACGACCAUCUCUUCUAUUAAAUUACAGUACAUGUUCUAGACCAUUCAGAUCAAGCCUUUACUCCUUUGAGAGUUUUCAACAUCAAUUGAUUGAGCUUCAGGCUUUACAACGUUUAUCCCUGUAGAGAUCAUCUUUACAGUUCCUCGGGAAAAUGUGAAUGUGCCGCGUUUUGUUUUCAAUACUGUAUGAAAACAGGAAAAAAUAAAACAAAAUUUAGAAAAUACAAGCUCAUUAAAAUAAAAUUGUUGGAUUUCAUUUCCCCAGGUCUUUCAGUGUUGAUGUAAAUGUGUUUUUGUAGUGUUGCUUAGCACUUUGGCAUUGUAUAAGUUGGGUAACAAAAAUGGUAAAGGAAAUGACACGAUUCCCAAUUAUCUUGCUAUGCUUAAGGCAUUUCUUUAGCUAGUCUUGUUUAAUUUAAAGGUUUGAUAAAUAUUCAACGACCCAAGCAUACAAUUUGAGCAUGCUUUAUUCUACUAUCACUUGCACUUAUAAUCUUAUAGCCUUAUGACCAGGAACCUUUGUUUUGGGCUCAAUACAAACCUUGAUUUGGUUUUUCCCUAUUGUAAUUUGAGAUUUCCCAAAUUAAGUCUUAUAAUGAUUAGGUUUUGUUCUGCAUUAUCUCUAGAGAAAAAGAAUAUUUUAGUAUGUAUAAAUUAUUGUACAAUUUUUUGCUGUUGUACUCACUGCUGAUAGUGGAUUGUAUAGGGCAGUGUUUUUAUUUCAUUUAUUGUUGACAAAAAUAAAUGAAUUUAGCAUACACAUACCCACUAAUUCAAGUAUGUUAGAGCACAACAUUGGCAGCUGGUUGUAUUUAAUUCAGCCCCUCUGAAAAGCACAUAUAGUCUACACUUUGUUUAUAAAAUAUCGUAGGUUCCCCCAUCUUAAAUAUAUAUAUUUUGGUGAAGCUGAGGUGCAUGUUAAUUUUCUGUUUCAAAAUGCAUUCUAAAGAUGCAAUAAAUAUGAUUACCUUGAUAUUUUUAACAAGAUCUUCAGUUCUUGCAGCUAACUGUGUUUUGGAAAGUGAUUAAGCAAUAUUUUUCAAACCUGAUGAUUCUUGGAUAUUUAGCCAUUGUCCUCCAAAGAGUCAUCGUUUCAUGUUUUUAAAGAUGUGCUUUGUGCUGAAGAUUCGUGUCGGUUAUCCUGUGCUUCCAACUUCCACCAAUGUUUUUUACCUGAUGGAUCUGCCAAGAAUUAUAGUUUGCUUUAUUUUUAAUAACUUAAGAGUAUUUUUAUCUUCCAUUUAAUUUUGUCUCAUUUUGUUUUAGUAAGACAUUGUUUCAGAUAUGUAAUUGGGGCAAACCACUAUAGAUUCUAUUGGAUAGAAAAAUGAAAUGUUACUAAUAAUUUAAAAUAACCGACCCUUCAUUGACUACCAGUACUGUUGGUACAUUUAUUAGAAUGUAUGUCUCAGAAGAUGGUUUCUGUUUAAAUUUAUGGUCAAGUUACAACUGAAUUCUAAUAUGGAUUAAAAACUCCACAUAAAUCUUU